GGAACGAUGAGUUUUCUACUGAUUACCUUGAUACUAAAAAGUGGAUGAUAGGCAUUAGAAAUGACUGCAAUAAGUAUAAUGAGAAUAACAUAGCGUGUGUUAUGUCAUCAAACAAUAUCCAACUCGCGAACCAAACCCUCGCCCUAACUGUUAGGCCCGAGAAUCACACGAAACACAACAUACCCGACGAUAAGCCCCUGUUCUCACGGCCCGAGCUAUUAGUGAACUUUGAUUGGCGUACGACCAACUAUUUAGCUAUAAGAGCGGCAUUGCCACAGGGUCAAUUAUUUUACCCAUUUGUACACGUGAGAACCUUGGUGUACAACACCAUUGUUGACAUUCCCAUAAUCAGUCCCUUUGGAUACUAUGACGACCCGUAUGCGAGACAGACGAUAAAGCAAAUGCUCAACGAGGACCUAGCUCAAUUUCAUACGUACACCAUCGAGUGGAACGAUACUCAUUAUGAAUGGAGUUUUAAUUAUAAAUACUCGUAUACUGCACCUUAUAAUUCUCUUGAUUCUAGAACCAGGUCUAUUGGAUCCCAAGCAGAAUUGAUAAGCGAGGUGAAAGUUGGCAUUAAUAAAGGCGAUAUUAUUGCCUCAAAUGAUUACCUAAAGUGGAAGUGUUCGGCACUUAUCAUAGAUUAUGUUCGCCUCUAUCGAUGGACUGAUGACAAUACGGACCUUUCAGAUGAUACACUACAUGAGAGCACUGCCACCGCCCCCGAGAUUUGUAAGACUAUUAUGGAUGAUAUCGUUGGAAAGGAGCGCAUUUCUGAUACCGUAACGGAUAUACCUGGAUAUAAUACUAUUGUAGCAAAGCCAAUAGUGGUGAUAAUCAGUUUGGUUUUGGUGUUGACAUUAGUAUCCGGCUUAAUAUUCAUGUAUUGCAAGCAUAAGAGAGUGAAACGGAUUAACCGAGAGAUGGUGUCCGAUGUUUACGACGACAAC